AUUGAUUUGCCGGAUGAAAUAGAUAACAAAGCCUGUUGUCUUUGAUCCAACUUUUUCCACAGGGGCAACAGCUCGACAUGCUAUCGGGUAUGCGGGUCUGUGUGCCCUCCGCGGCAGCUCUAUUCGGCUCGUUGUGCCAUAGCUGUCGCAGCCGGGCGCGUAGGUUGUCAUUCCGGGGCUUUAGUUGGUCGCCCCGACAGAUCAGCCGGUGGAACAGUCAGGAUUCCAUUGACCUAGCUCCUGCGGAGAAACCACGAAUUCUCAUCACAGGUUAAACCUUUUUUUAUUUCAAGUAGCAAUGAAAACUUUAUGGCCCAUAGUCUAUAGAUAGGUCCUAUAGGAUGUAUAUGUGUUUAUGCAUUUUUUUUUUACAAGCAUAGGUGUGCUGUCAUUCUAGUUUUUGUCAUUUCGAGUUGUUUUCACUGUUCAGUAAGUGGCAAUCCUCUUUUCCUUAGUACAAUAGACUGUGAGCAGACUGUGCUAGGGACAAAAAGGCCCCAGCAAGUGACCAGGGGCAGAAUAAUAGCCAGAGGCCAGUUUUUGUCUGUACAUAAAGCUUUGGUGAAAACAAAAAAGGUUGCUGCCUGGUUGAAGCAGAAUGUAACAAAAUAUUCUGAAAUUGUACAUAAGAAUACAUUUUUCACCAUAUAUUCUUUAUUGAGACCUUUGAGCAAAUACAAAUGAACAAUUGCGAUUGUGUUGUUUUAUGAAAUCUUAUGAAUUCUGCAUUGUAUUAUUUUUCUCUUCAUGGUUAAGGCGGCCUUGGCCAAUUAGGUGUGGGGCUUGCAGAAAUCCUGAGGUAAGAAAAAAAAUGAAAGAGCAAUCUUUUCUUCAAUGCUGAUUUCUUCGAUGUUGAUAGCCUGAAUAUUCCCCAGAUUGUAGAAUUCUCACGUAACAUCUAGUUUACCUUCUGGUGUUGGACUCCUAUCCAAUUCAGUAAAUUUCAGGAAUUCACUGAAAUGUAAUAUAUUAAUUGAAUAUCAAUGUGUAGGAAACAGUACGGAACAGAAAACGUUAUCCUAUCGGAUAUCAAGAAGGCUCCACCAGAAGUGUACAGAAGUGGUACGUUUUCUUAGUUGGACUGAUCAGCAAUUCUCUCUUGAUCGCAAUGUCCAUGCACAUAUCCAUACUGCGCUUCUCAAAUCCUCUUAUUUUCUGCAGAAAAAAACAUGUCCCCUGCCUUAAAUGGGCAAUCCGUAGUUUGUCUCUCUCUUCUCCUCCCCCUCAGGCCCGUUUGUGUAUGCUGAUGUGUUGGACUAUAAGAACCUCAGAGAGUUGGUGGUGAAUAACCGCAUCACCUGGCUGGUGCAUUACAGCGCUCUACUCAGUGUUGUGGGAGAGGCCAAUGUGGCCCUGGCACGCAAGAUCAAUAUCACAGGUCAGCUCCAAAUUCACAUACACACGCUACCACAGUAUCCAGGGCAGUAUCACAGUAUCCCUUUUUGUAGGUUUUGUAUGUUUUUGUCUAAAGCUUCACUCCUUGCUGUUCUUUCUAGGCCUUCAUAAUGUGCUGGACCUGGCUCUGGAGAGCUGCUUACGUCUCUUUGUCCCUAGCACCAUCGGAGCUUUUGGCCCUUCUUCUCCCCGUGACCCCGCACCUGACCUGUGUGUCCAGAGGCCUCGCACCAUUUAUGGGGUGUCCAAAGUGCACGGCGAACUGAUGGGGGAGGUGUGACCUGUUAUGUUUACACAUACAAAUAUACACACAUCAACACACAAACAGUCAUAGAUGCAGUCAUAAUGCGACCACAUCGCUGUCAAAUGUACACUCUUGCACACACACAACCUGCCGGUCCUCUCUUAAAGCGAGAGAGUUUUCACAUGUAUCUUUUUCAGAGAGAGUAAGUCAAUUAAUUAACACAGUGCAGAUUAAGAGAAAUAUGCUGCAGAAAUAUGCUUUUGCUGGAUAUUUGCUCUACCUUUGAUUGUGUUAAAUCUCUCUAUGUUAGUAUCUUCAUCACAAGUAUGGACUGGACUUCCGCUGCCUACGCUAUCCUGGCGUCAUUUCAGCUAACACACAGCCUGGGGGAGGAACAACAAGUAACCCAUAUUUAUCAUAUCAUCACUAUUUAAAGUAUUAAUGCCAUAGGGAUAUAUUCCAAUACAUUCUGUGUACAUUUUUGCUCUCCUUUCCCAUAGACUAUGCUGUCCAGAUUUUUCACGAUGCACUCAGCACAGGUCACCAUGAGUGCUAUUUACGUCCUGACACGCGUCUGCCCAUGAUGCACAUUGGUGACUGCCACCGUGCGACUGUGGAGUUCAUGCAGGCCCCGGAAUGCCAACUGUCGCUGCGCACGUACAACAUCGCUGCCAUGAGCUUCACCCCUGAGGAAGUUGCCUCGGAAAUCCGCAAGCAAUUGCCCCACCUCAAGGUCACCUAUAACCCUGACUCUGUCCGCCAGACCAUUGGUAUGUUCAUUGUUCAUCUUAUUGGUGUGUGUCUGACUGUCUGUGGAGUGUUUUUAAAUUGUUAUUGAACCUCAAGAUGUGUGAUUUGAAUUAAGCCAUAGCAGAAGUAUAUGGAACGUUUUCUCCUUCAUAGUGUAUAGAUUAGAGUAGAUAUACAUUGUAUUUUUGUAGUAGUAUUAAAUAUUGUAAGCCUUGCAUGUCAGCCUUUCUCACAUCCUUGACCUCCUACAGCAUUGCUAUUUGCUCUGGGUUUGCUUCACACGGUCCCCAGUCAUGAAUGAUGUCAUCAUUGCGUCUUAUGAAAGUUGUGAUGUGUAAAAUAACUCUUGACCAUGAUUGUCCCCUGGUGUGUAGCGGACAGCUGGCCAGUGAGGUUUGAUGACUCCAACGCACAGAGAGACUGGGGCUGGAAGUCGACCUAUGGGCUUGAGGAGCUCGUCUCAGACAUGCUGAGCUCCAUCCGUGACAAGAAGACCAACGCCGGACUGCCAGUCAGCUAGCAGGCACCACUCACAGAGACUGACCUACCAAUCACUAUUCCCUUAAGUCCGCUUCAUUCUGGGUCUGCCUAUCACAACAGACCCUCUUUAACCUUAGCAUAAUUUCCAAACCAGGACCCUUUUGUAUGUCAGGAAUAUUCUACCAAUAAACCAGGGACUAUUUUCAAACCAGGAAUCUUCAGCCAGAACCACUCAACUUGCCACGACAGUGGACACUGACACCACACACACACACACAAACGCGC